AUGGCGACCACGAAGGACCUUCGGCAGCAGUGGCAAUCGGCGCGCAAGUCCGCGCCCGUCUCGGCCGGCGGCGUCAACGUACGUCGACUGGCGCUUCACGGUCUGAAUGCAAAGAGCACGAGGCAGGACGCGUGCGACGAGGAGCAGGAGGACAGCGCGCAAGACGAGACGACCCGCUCGGCCGCGUGCGGAAACCCCUUUUGCCGCAAAGUUUUGGCCAAUCGGUACGCGAGUUUUUGCGAAGACAAGCGCAUGUGCCAGCGGUACCGAGCGCUGAAGCUGCAGUGUCUGGCGAACGCACAGGCCGAGGAGGACGAGGAGGACACGAAGCCCUUGUCGCUCGUGAUCAAGCGACGGAAGCGGAAAGACAAGAGCAACGACACGCAGACGCCCGCGGAAGUGCAAGCGAGUCCACGUGCUACUGGGCACAACAACGGUAGGAAGAACAAGGGGCUGACGGUAGCACGGGUGGCAGCGGGUGCAGAAGCAAGUGACGAGAAGCGGCGGAGCAGUGUGAAAAGUCCGCGAGAGAGCGAGAAAGAGGCGACACCUCGCAAGAAAAAGCGGAAAAAAGUGGUGAGACAAAUGGACAGUGAGCAAGCAGCGGACGACGUCGACGAGGAGGAGGAGGAGGGGGAGAAGGAAGCAGAAGACGAGGGCGAGGAAAAGAAAAAGCGAGACAAAAGAGUGAAACGGACUCGAGAUGGUCAAGAGAUGGACAGUUUGGUCGGUCGGCUGCGCUCGGGUGGCCUGACACCGUCGAGCGUGUCGGCCGUGGACGAGCUCGGAGCGCAUACAGACAAAGCAGCGAAGAAGACGUUGUUGCGGGUGCAGCUAUCUACAGAGACGAGUGGUGACGGAAAACCGGGAAUCGGGAGCAGCAGUUUACGAGUGAAACGGCGUCGACUAGAUGGCCGUCUGAGUACGGGUAAGGCCGCUUCGCCUCGCUUUGUCUCGUCGUCACCAAAGCAUGUUGCUACUCCUCCUGCAGCGUCAUCAGCUGAUGCGAGUUGGACAAUUCCCAGGGCCACACCGAGUCAAGAGCGGACUUCUGUGCAGCAGAUCAGGAGGAACAUGGAUGCAGACCUUGUGCCUCUUGGUGUUGCUAAAUCAGCAAAAUCUACCGGUGGAGGACGAUACGUCCAGAAUGGAAACCGAUCGGUGUCAAAUGGAUUGAGGCCCUCGAACCCCCGACCAAGACCUCUGAGUAUGUCGAAGUUCCCGGUAUUGCCAGUAUCGGCGGCGCCUGCUUCUUCUGUGUUGCCGGCAAAAGCAUUACCUACGUUUGUAUCGACUACACGACAACAGCCAUCAUCACCACAGUAUAAAAGGCCAUGGCCACCGCUACCACCUCAGGCUUCGGUUGCGGCUCCAACACCGCUACCACAUCAGACUUCGGUUAUGGCCCCACCACCGCCACCGCCGCCACCACGGCAGACUUCGGUUACGGCCCCACUACCACCACCACCACUGCUACCACCGCAGACUUUUGUUUCGGCCCCACUGCCGGUAUCACGGCCAGCUGCUAGGACUGUGACCUCCUCGCCGUUGUCUGCAAAGUCAUUUGCGGCGCCAGCUGCCAUUGACUUACCCGCCACAACAGCACCCGCGGCAUGCGAUGUAUCUCGGAUUUCUACCUUGGCCUAUUUGAAGAGCAAGAAAGGUGUCAGCGAACGGCAACUACCGGGACACCAGACUAACUUUCCACCGCCGCGGAUGUCAUCGCCGGAACGUGUUAGUAUUGUGAGUGAUGAUCAUGCCUUGGGAAUCUCGAUGGUUCCGGCUUGUCCGACAGGCCCGCCUAGGUAUCGCAACGACGGUGCUCCGUUGUUAUCUUACGCGGAGUCUCGUUUGGUUGUGGACACACGUAGGCAUUACCCGGAAGUUGAUGCAAAGAAUCAACGAUCGCAUUCAGGAGCCGAGGAAGACGCGAUGCAGUAUCGGGAAAGACCGAAAGUUGGCAGUGCGCUUGAAAGAUCAGCGUCCGGGCAUUGGAAAGACCGGAACUUUUUGUCGCCACGUGAACGCACUUUACUCCGACAACAGGACGCUUUUACGGCCGGUGUUAGAAGCAGUGGCUUUGAGUACUCUACGGAUACUUAUGUGAGGUCAUCACCGUCUUCAUAUGAACAGCCCAACCGAAAAAAGCCCGCACACAAAGAGCCACCACCGCCCCAGCAUGCAUCGGCAUCUUGCCGGAGUGAUCAGCGUGUGAAUCACGAACCGAGAAAAAGCGGUCACGAUGACAUUGAGGACGAUGCACCAACGUUUUCCUAUCGCGAGAGUUUUCUACCACAUUUGCUGUCAGUGUUUAUUUACAAGUUUCCCCAUUCGCUGGAAGCGGUGUAUAACGUUACGAAGAAGCCGAGGAAGAUGAUUUGGUACGUUAAAACUAUUGAGCGCAUUGAGCGCAUGUGCAGACCAUUUGAUUUGAAGGUAAAGUUCGAUGGCUUGAAAGCAGUGGUGACUGUGCGAGACCGUGAAUGGCUUACGUUGGAGGGUACGUCUACAGUGCUACUGCAUUUGGAUGUCAUGAAAGGUUUGCGGAGCGAGGCGAUUACAUGGCUAAGGUUGUAUGAGGAGAUGGAGACGGCUCUUGCUUACUACAGAAGCAUGUAUGGCAGUCAAGCAAACGAAAGCUAUUGUUUUCUUCGCGCGUGGAACAAUUUGAAAAGCACGGGAAAUCCGAUCGCACUGUCAAGAGAGGUCAAUUACUUUUGCGGUACGCGAUUUCAUCACUGGAAUUUUGUUGUCGGUAAGGUAGAAAUCGGGAGUGGCAGUCAUGAAGAGAAAAGAGAGGCUUUUCGUCUAGCCACGAUUAGCGCACUGUAUUUUCUGUUGAGCAUUGGUCGAGGCGUGCGACGUCCUUCAGUCGAGCGUACUCGAGCGUCGGAUGAUCAUGAUGAUUUUGAAGAAAGUCAUCGAAGCUCAAGCCGCGAGCCAUCAGCCAGCAGAACAGUGCGUUCACCGGAUGAUAAUAGGGAGAACAGUGUAUCUGCCGCCUCGUCACCUUCGAUUGGGCCUUCGUCCCCAGUUGAGUCACGUCAAGCGGUAGUACAGCCGCCGACCAAGCGAUUGCCGAUGGCACGUGAUGAUGCUACUAGGUUUUUUGCUGAGGCGCCGUCGACGGGACGACAGCCGUCACCCGUCCAGCCUUCGACGGAGCAACUACCGGUGGCACGUGAUGAUGCGACUAGGUCUCCUGCUGAGGCACCGUCGACGGGACGACAGCCGUCACCUGUCCAGCCUUCGAUGGAGCAGCUGCCGGCGCCACGUGAUGGUGCUGACAGCCUUCGCGCUGACAAGCCUUCGACCACCCAGGGACCAGCGGAGGAUGAGUCACUGUUUUCAGCCGAAGUACAUUCCGAUACCGCCCCGGUCUCUUCUGGCAGCCACGAAUUGGCAGAAACUGUGGAGAAACGUUGCCCGAGUAAGGAAAUGGACACGAGUGACGUCAAUGCUACGGGUGUCUCAUCCUCAGCUGAGUCGCCGCGCAUACCGGUGAGAACGCGAGGGACCUCCUAUGCAAAUGCCCGUGAGCCUGCUGCUACACCGGUAAGUGGAGUCACGUCAGGUGGAACAGUAUCCUCUGCUCCGACAGUUGUUGUUUCUGGUCCUACUAUCACUUUGGACCCACUGCGACCGGCCGUUGCGGUUCAAAGCGAACCCCUCGCUUUCAUUCCUGCACCUAUAAUGGCACCGUUUGGCGCACCUGCCGCAGCUGCUGGAAAUAUGGGACCUGCGAUACAGAGAGGCAUUCCAGCAUUCCAGACUAAGGCAUCAGCGCCAUCGCGACGGUGCAUGAUGUGCGAGAUGAUUCGCAUGCGGAAGCCGGAUGGCGAGCGAUGUCUACGCUGUCAGCAGAAAGAUGUACCAGCAAAUGGGGCGUUCAGCGCCUUGCUUUGGCCUUAA